AAAAUCGUUGCCUAUUUCAGCAAGUCAUUUCAUUUUCACAAAUUUCACUUCACCUCUUCUCCUUCUAUUCUCUUUGCCUCUUCAGCUUCACUUCCAAAUGUUGGAAAAUUCCGAUUUGUCUUCCUUUAUUCGACUCAACAUCGGAGGGAAGAAAUUUUGUACUACCAUUGAUACAUUGACCCGGCGUGAGCCUGAUUCCAUGCUGGCUGCUAUGUUUAGUGGUCGACAUACGUUGUGUCAGGACUCUGAGAAGGGAUAUGUCUUUGUUGAUAGGGAUGGAAAGCAUUUCCGGCAUAUUCUAAACUGGUUAAGGGAUGGUGUUGUACCCACAUUGACAGAUUCUGAAUAUUCAGAGCUUAUACGAGAGGCAGAAUAUUACCAGCUUCUUGGACUGAUAGAAGGAAUCAGUUCUGUUCAUAAUAAGAGGAAGGAAGAUGAAGAGUCAUGUGCAGAAUUGACUCGUGUUGAUAUCAUCAAGUGCAUACAGUCUGACAGAGUUAGAUUUCGGGGAGUUAAUCUUUCUGGCCUUGAUCUUUCUAAAUUGGAUCUUUCAUUUGUGGAUUUCAGCUUUGCCUGUCUCAAAAAUGUAUUCUUCUCGCGUGCAAAUCUUCAAUGUGCAAAAUUUCGGGAUGUGGAUGCUGAGGGUUCCAUCUUUCACAAUGCAACUUUGCGUGAGUGUGAAUUUACUGGGGCAAAUCUUCAUGGGGCUUUACUAGCUGGGGCCAAUCUUCAGAGUGCAAAUCUUCAAGAUGCCUGUUUGAUAGGUUGUAGCUUCUGUGAGGCAGAUCUUCGUUCUGCACACUUACAGACUGCCGAUCUUACUAAUGCCAACUUAGAGGGAGCUAAUCUUGAAGGAGCCAAUUUGAAGGGUGCAAAAUUAACUAAUGCCAAUCUGAAGGGUGCAAACCUCCAAAGGGCUUAUCUACGACAUGUUAAUCUUCGUGAUACACAUUUGGAAGGUGCAAAACUAGAUGGUGCUAACUUGCUGGGAGCAAUCAGGUGAUGAUGGGGGCAGCCAAAGUUGUAUGUAUAAACAUACUCAGUACAUAAAUAGUUACUAUCAUCUAUGUUUACCCAUUUUCAUUUUCAUUCAUUGUCUAUCUUGUGUUCAUGUAUUAUGAAAAUAGCAUGCAAAUUGUGGAAAGCUUAUGCUAUUAUCGAUUCGGGGUUUCAUGAGUUGCCUUGUAAAGAUUAUUGGACCCAUAGCUAUCAUAUUUGUUAUUUGCUACUAGUUUGAAUCUAAAUCACCAUUUCAGUUGAGUUAGGGAAAUCUGGGACCAAACGGGAUAAUCUCACGGUAAAAUAAAAGAUUCCGGACAUGAUUUACCCCAUUUCCGAGUUGUGAAUAUCUAUAUAGGAAAACAAGGUCUUCA